GCAAAAUCUUCGGGCCUUGGCGAAGUAACCGUCAAGCAUGACGAUUCGGCAGAUGAAGUUGCCAUGCCCACUCCCAUCGCACAGACUUGCUGGAAAGUAAUCUCUCCUAAUGGCUGUGAGCAAGUGUGUUACGAGCCGAUUCCUGGCUUUGAGCACCUAUGGAGUAGCCGGGGCCCGAUACAGAGAGCCACCGGCUUCGCCGUGCAGCCCAAAGCUAUUGCUGUGCAGCCUUACCAGCCGGUUACGCCUCUUAUGCCGGGUCAGAAGUCUAGAGGAUCCCGGCAAACCGCGCGGAAGAGAACUCGGUCAACUGGACGAGGCUUUCGUUCGCGGCACAUCACUCGUGCACUAAGCGAAGAGGAGGAAGAUGAACAGCUCGAAUGUGAUGUCAAGAUCUCAGUCGGGCAGUCAUACACAUUCUACAUUGGUGACAUUGAUGAAUUGAAGAAAUUCUUUCGUCGUCGGCUUGAUGAGCUCACUAUGAAGCCAGUACGGCCUAUCGUCACACAGUGGAUCAGAAGGCUUGAACCCAGGCGUUUGAGUCUUUACGGCCCAUACCAUAAGAAUCUACUCAAAAGUAAACGAGGCAUACCCCCUUGGUGGCCACGUGGUGUUCAAUAUGUAGAGCCGGCACACCUGAGCAAAACAGAACUCUUGAUUCUGGCCGUCGAUGUUAUGCUUCAGCACCGUCUCAUCGACAUAGAUAAGCGUAGAGGUUCCUGGGUAGCGGAGCUUCGGAAAGCAGCACAAAUCGCUAUUGAUUCCAUACCUCGGGGCCAAUUCUCUUCGUCCAAAGGAUCAGACUUCAGCGAGAAGAUGCAAAGGCGAGCCUUGGAAGAGAUUCUGCCCAACUUGUUCGAGGUUGCGCAAUUAUACGAGGACCACUUUGCACGCCAUGGACACUAUGAAGGCUCUGGUAUACCAGAUCCUGGCAAAGGAAAGCAUGUAACAUGGCAACCACUUAUGAGGCCAAUUCGUGAGCCGGUCGCUCCUAAAAAGCGCCUUCGAAGAACCAGACCAGCCCCGGCCUCCAAGUUAGAGCCCGACACUGACGCAUUGGGAGAUGAGACCGAAGUUGAUGAUAGUGUUACUUCAUUGUAUCUGCGCAGUAAGCAACUGGCAUCGAAUCGAAUUGACAUGUCGAAAAGCGCCAAGUCAACGGCCAUCCGGGACCCGACAACGCCCUCUUCUCGUGGGGCUGCGGCUGCUGAGCUUCAUAGCUGCUCUUGUAGUACCACAGUAACACCCAAUGAUUCGUUCGGACAGUCAAUGCAGGGGCUUCUUCUGGAAGAAGAAGCAGACUUGGAUAUCGAGAUGACCGCCCCUACGCCGCUGCACAACCACACGUAUACCAACGACAGUCAGCUAGUUCAGUACUUUUAUGGUCACCCUAGCUAUAACGCCCACGCCAUUCAGCUGCAACAGGAUGGAUGUGCCCUUACUGGCACGUCGCGACCCACGUUUUCCCCAGCUACUGCACCUGUGUAUCAACCCUCACUUUCGGGAUUCGACACGCACUUCGCACUUCCUGUCGAUAAUACAAUGUUCCACGAGGGCACCAGUUUCCCGCAAAGCUAUGACCUGUAUGAUCCAUCAUCGGCUAAUACUCUUGAAUUUCUCGAUGGGAUUCGCAGUCAUUCCAGCGUUAGCUGCAAGACCGAGGCGACUCGACACUGA